GUGGUUCUCUCAUGAGGAUGUGGGAAUUUGAUCGGCUGGGAGGGGUCGCGUCCGAGCAGUUCGACAUCAACGAAGAUGGACUGCAGUUCGUGUUCACGAUCCUCGGGUUUCUCUGGAUGAGCGAGGAGGAGCUUGGCUUUGACCGAUAAUCAUGACGGCGAAUGAUCAGCGAUUCAUCGAGCUUAGAUUCCUGGCUUUUCGUUCGAUAUUCUAGAACCGUCCUCAAUUUCUUAUCCGGGUUACCGCACUUUCGGACGGCAAGAAAGCGGCAUACGGUGGCGGCGCGAAGAUAAACAGUGGCACUGCCAUCUUAACUAGAAUCUGUAUGAGGGCGGCGGCGAAGUCAAGCCACUUCACCGCCAUCCUCAUGGCGUCCUCCUUCCCCGGCCUGUCGCGGCUGUCCCACGGCGGCGCAGCGGCGACGGGCGUCAACGGACUCCAGCGAGCCAACUACGGCAUCCUGUUCGACCUGCCGUUCCAGGACUUCUUGGCCGGGCAGGCGUGCGGCCGGCUCUGCCGCCAGGGGCAGCGCCAGGAAACCUUCUUCUACACGCUCUACUCGGACGACAGCAACGCCGACAAGUUGAUUCUCGAGCGCCACUCGAGACGGAACGCCACGUUUGACGUGGUGCUGAACGCGACCCGAGACUGACGCGCCUGGUUUGGGCUGGGUGGCUGUUAUCGUAGCUCAAGCUGCUGGAGAGCGGGUGUGGAUACGAAGGUCGGCCGAUACUAUGUUGCUGGUUGGGGAGAUGGACGAUUAAGGACGUGACGAUUAGGGGCCUGAUCGGUCAGUAGCUACGUG